GAAGCAUUGAGAUACUGAGAAACUUCUCUACUCAGCCCAACAAAAUCCCAACUCCUGACACCAUGUCUUGCUGCUGUGCUCCCCGAUUCUGCUGCAGUGUCCCCACUGGCCCUGCCACCACCAUCUGCUCCUCUGACAAAUGCUGCCGCUGUGGAGUCUGCCUGCCCAGCACCUGCCCACACGAGAUCAGCCUCCUUCAGCCCACCUGCUGCGACACCUGCCCCCCACCCUGCUGUCAGCCUGACACCUAUGUGCCAUCUUGCUGGCUGCUCAACUCUUGCCACCCAACUCCUGGACUGAGCGGGAUCAAUGUGACCACCUGUGUGCAGCCCUGCUGUGAGAGCCCCUGUGAGCCCUGCUGUUAAGCUGCCAUGUCCUCAAAGAAGUUCAGUGGCAUGCUACCAACUCCCUGCAUGCCCUCUGUCCUUCGACACUCGCCACUACCUGCAUUUGGCUUGUUCAAAAGGCCUUAUCAUCUUAAACUUGCCUGGCUUUCUCACCCUUUCCAAUGAUGGAGUUGGAGACUUUACUUCUGUCUUUCAGGCUAUUUCAUUGCUCUUGCACAAACAGCCAUUUUGACUGUUCACUAAUAAACUUCAUUCUGGCUUAGCAUAUAAA